CUCGGAACUCCUUGGAUGUUAUCUUAGUUUUCAUACAGGAACACCCAUUUCCUUGCAUCGAAAAUUGAAAAUGUAAAUGACAAACAUCAAAAGCAGAGUACACAUGGUGAUAAUUUAAGGUCAACAUCAUGCCAAGAGGAGGUGCUCCACUCGUUACGGGUGUGUCGCCCAAGGAGGGUCCCCCGGGGACAAGGAUAACAAUCAGGGGAGAGAACCUUGGAAAAGACCCGAAAGACUUGAACGGUUUGCUGAUUUGUGGAGUGGAUUGCCUGCUUACAGCGGAAUGGAAGUCCUCAAGUAAAAUCAUCGCUCGCAGUGGUCCUGGGAAAGGGAAGGGCGAUGUGACGGUUAUAACAAAGUCAGGAGGCGUGGGGAGCUGUACUGUGGGGUUUAAAGGAUACCAUGUACAGAUUGGCCCCCUUCAGGAAUCAGCCAUUUGGAUUGAUGAGUCACAGACUGUUAAUGUUCGCCGCCUUCACACACAGCUUCCGAUGUUUUCCAAAGACGAUGAUGAUCCUCUGGGAAUAUCAGAUGAAGGCAUUCAAAUUACCAUACAGGAUACCGAAGCUUCCAAUGAAAUAAAAACUUACGAGGAUAGUGCCAAAUACAAAGAAGAAGAGCUGUUGGAACUCUUUCCUGAAGGUUCUGGGAACUUGUCGCUGGAGAAUUUUUCGGCGGCCUGGUAUCUUCUGGAGAACCACCACAGUACAAGUUUUGAUGACCUGAGGGCAGGCCUGGCCUUCAUGAAGCGUAGGGCUUCCCACAGAUCAGAGGGACCAAUCACCUUUGUCAAAUCCAACCUCUCCUCCACCCUUGACUGUUUGGAAAGUUUAGAUGCAAUGUAUCAACAAUUUUGCAUUGAUGAUCUGAAAGGGGAUGCAGUAAAUUCCUAUGCUGUGUUGUUGAUGCAGGCAAAGUCCUGUGCUGAUGGACUGUUCCAGGAAGUGUUGGGAAGGAAGGACAAGGCAGACUCUACAAGGAACGCUCUAAGUGUCCUACAGAGAUUCAAAUUCCUCUUCUAUCUCCCCCUGAAUAUUGACAGAAAUAUCAAAAGGGGAGAUUACAGUUUGGUUAUAAAUGACUACGUCAGAGCGCGUUCAUUAUUUGCCAAUACACAAGUUCAAGUGUUUAAAAAAGUGUAUAAUGAUGUAGAGGGCAGAAUUAACGCAUUCCGAACCAUGCUUCAGACAAAGUUACUAGAGUUACCCACCCCUUUAGAGGAACAAAAGAAGUUAAUCAGGUACCUGAUAAGUCUGGGAUGUGAGGGGGACCCAGCCUGGCAGUGUCUGGUCAACCAGCAGAAAUGGCUGGUGGGGCUACUGACCAAGUGUAAGGAUAGCCACAUACAGGAGGAAGCAAACAGCCUAGCUGAGGGAGACACUAACAUUGUCAAAAGCCCAGUAGCUCUCACACAAGGAAGAGGAAGAGACACCAACGCCAGUGCUAAAACAUCUUCAGAGCAAGCAGGCUGGAAAUCAGGAACUCCUCAGAAGAUUGUGUUUGUGGAGGAACUGACGAACCUAAUGCUGGACAAUAUUCCAGACUUCUGGAAGCUGGGGCAGGCUUACUUCUCCGGCUCCCUCUUCAUCAACACAAAGGAGACAUCAGAUAAACAUUACAAAGUAGACACCAGUAAACACAGCCAGUUCAAGCAAAUGGUCACAGAUUUAAUCAGCUUGUUUUCCAAUCUGGUCAGAGCUGCCUUUCUGCCGGAGUCUCUGGAGAACAUCGCUAAGGAGAUGCGGGAUUCCUUCGGGAAGUGGCCCUGUCCAUGCAGUGAUAUUCCGGGAGGCUGGCUCCCCUCCAGCGUCCGAUAUAUCAGGUUUUGUGUGAACUCGCUGUCUUUCUUGGACCUUCCUGGGGAUUCCCCUUUAAUUCUCCAGGAUCUGGCUCUGGACAUCCGAACAAACUGCAUGUUUACACUGCUCAAGCAGGCUAUUGCAGAUGUGAAACAACUGCACCUAAAAGAAACUUGGACAGUGGAUACAGAUGAUGAAUCAGGGGGAACAACUCAACUUCCUGCUUUGUUUGAGAACAUUGUCAAUGAGGCAAUACAACAUCUCCAUGAAGUGGUCGUUCAAAACAAAGCUGGAGAGCCAGAGAUUUUUGCCCAGCGAACCAUACAGAAAGACGCUACCGCCCUGUGCACCCAGCUUCUACAGGCCUUCUCCCCCUGUCUCCACAAACUCGCUUUUGAUCCUCCUGAAGUCACAUCCAAAAAAAAUAAGGGAGGAAAGAGAGUUAUUUCCCCUGAGGACUCUUCAGCACCUCCACCUGAUGAAGGAGUUCCACCAUUUGACAAACGCUUAAUAAUCAUACUGAGCAACUGUAACCACACAAUGGUCCGAGUUAUCCCCCGCCUUGUCGAAAACCUCAAUAAACAUGGCUACGUAGAAAUGGAAAAAGCUCUGAGGAAUGAUAACGAAGAGAAUUCAAAUAUUUCUCGCAUCCGAAAGGCAGAUCUGAAAGAAGGAUAUAAGGUUGCUAAGGAUACUUAUGAGGAUCUAGAUGAUAGUUUGUUUGAGGCCUAUGUGGAGGAAAAGUCCAAUCCAAUUGUAGGUGCCAUAGAACAAAAUGUCUACAAAGGAGGCUUUCAAUGGAAGACCUGCAAAAAACCAACAGGAGUAAGAAACUACAUUAAAGACAUGAUCAUGAAGAUCAUCGAGGUCCAUGCUGAGGUAUUUGCUGUAUCCCCAGUGUUCGUUACCAGGGUUACACAGAAGGUGAUUGAGGCAGUAUCUGAGGAGCUGACCAGGCUGAUACAGUGUGUCACAGAACAUGGGCCCUACAGUCCCAUACAGGCUCGCUUGGAACUUCUGGCUCUACAAGAAACGGUCAAUAUGUACCUGACUCCACAUGCAAGCUCCUGUUACAAGGAUGCCCUAGAUGACCUCCCAGUGCUGAAGCCGGAGCACAAAAAACUGCAGGAAGAGCUGCUGAAUAAAUUCAAAUCUCAGAUGAAGUUCCAGCUGAUGUGUUUCUAUGGCGACAAUAUUUUGAGAUCUUCAAGUGAGGCAUAGUAGCAUUCAGCAGACUUAAAAUGAUUAUAAUGUCACUUGAUAGAGGUCGAAGGAUGGAAAUUCAUGAUGUGAAAGUGUCAUAUGACCUGCUAUUGUGCAAUACAUUUUGUUUUGUUAUUGAAAUGUCCUUUUUUGUCUUUGCAUCAAAUAUUAAAACUCAAAAUGAA